AAUAGGGCGUAACGCGGGCCAUACCCGUAGCCUAGCGUACCCGCACCGUUUAAAAAUAGGCCGCAUUUCUUUUUCUACUCGAAAAUUUCAAAUUUCAAAACCCUAACGUCCAAAAAACCCUCCAAAAAUCUGAAUCUACUUUUUUUUUUUUUUUUCAUCUUCCACAAUCCAUACAUGGCUUUAAACGACCCACCGAAAACCCUAGAGACCCGAGUGGAAAUUAGAGGUGCUGAAUGCGGAUCCGAAGAAUCUGAACCCGAAGAAGACGACCUGGAGAAGCUGGAAUCAGAUGUGAAGCAAACGGCGCAAAAGAUUCUAGAAUACAGAGCAACACUUCCAGAUCAUCUCAAGAGCACAUUUGCCUCGAUUCUUUCAUCUCAAAGACCAGUUUUGCCCGGGUUUGAAUCUCGGAUAGAGCCUGGACCCUCCGGAGACCAUAACCCUGAUUCAAGUGAACAUGUUGAAUCAAUUAAGGGGACAACACCCGUAAAAGAAGAGCAGAAGACCGCCGAAAAAAUACAUUUGCUUAAAGCUAAGAUAUCCAGUAAUGUCACUGCAAUGCCAACAGUUCUGAAGAGGAUCAAAGAUUGUAUUUCUAGAAUCGAGGAACUAGAUUCAUACAGUGGAAUCAUACACCCUGCUUUUAAAAAGAAAAGGCAUAGCUGAUCCACCAAAUCAUCUUUAGUAGCUUGAUUUUAGUAGUUGUUAGACUAGAAGAGACUGGCAAGGGUGUUUCCGGUGACAGACCAUAUUGAUUUGUACAAUGAACCCUUGUAUUUUAGAAAGUGAGGGACUGCUAACAGGGUUCCAGAGUUAUCGUUGUUUUGUAAUUAUAAAAGCAUCACGGUUGAUGUGUAACAUAAUGUAUUGUUGAUAGAAUGGUACAAGCAUCUCAAAUGUCAAUUGAUGAAUUUAUUCUGCUGA